UGAAAAAUCUAUUGUUUAUGGUUUAAGAAUUUGUGAUUUGUUCACAGAAUUUGAUGAUGGCAGAUGCAAAGCAAGGUAAAACACCUGAUGAUUUCUGUAAUGGAUCAUCCCAGCAGUCACGUGUGGUGCUUGCAAAGCCCAGAUUGGAGUGUUUUGGAUCCUCCAGUUUUGCAUCUAGCUCAAGCAAAAGUUGUAACCCUUUUGGAUCAUCUGUGUUACGUCCAGCACAACUACUAUCAGGAAACAAUCCAUUUCUAAAAGUUUCCGAAACAGACAAGUCUAAUAAAAAGAAAGAUACUGAAGGAUCUCCGGAAACUACACAAGAAGCAGAAGCUCCCAAGUUUGUGCCUCUCGGUACCACAAAUGCAACACCAAGAACAACUACAUCAGUACCAGCUCCUGCUCAGCCCCCGAGCACUUCGUCUUCAGGAUUCAUUUUUGGUCAGAAUUUGAGUGAGAGGGUGGUCAUUAAAGAGACAGUGAAUAAUGGAGAUGCAUCAGUUGACCACAGCUCUUCAAAUGGCACGUCUGAAUUAUUAUUUACAAGUGCUGCUGCGUCUGUGAAAGAAAAUAGUCAGCAGGAGGAUGCGGCAGGAGGAAGCGCGGAGGGCGAGGGGCUGGCGGCGGCGGCAGCGGAGUAUGAGCGCUCGCACGCGCGGCCGCCGCCCCCCGCCGCCUACUGCGCUAUGACUGGCGAAGAGGACGAGACCAACGUACUGCAGAUCUCGUGUCGACUGUUCGCGUGGGAGAGCGGCAGCUGGCGCGAGCGCGGGCGCGGCGUGCUGCGGCUCAACGACGCGGCGGGCGGCGGCGGCGCGCGGCUCGUGGCGCGCGUGGCGGGCUCGCUGCGCGUCGUGCUCAACACCAAGCUGUGGCCCGACAUGGUGGUGGAGCGCGCCGGCAACAAGUCGCUGCGCAUCACGGCGGCCGAUGCGCAGCAGCAAGUCAAGCUCUUCUUGAUCAUGGGGGCUCCAGGAGAUAUCGUACAAUUACACAGAGCGCUUAUGUCGCGAAUCUCGCUCAGCAAACGGAGUUCAAUAAGCUCCAAAGAAGAUGAAAAAUCCCAGAGAUCUGCUGAGAGACUAGAAGCAGCGGCCGAUGAAAUCGAUUACCUUGAAAAAUCAGUUGACGACUCUAAUCAAGAAGAUGAUUCCAAUUUUGACGAGGAACAAUCUGUCGACGCCGCUCCUGACAGCAGGCACGAUGACAGAUUGGAAUGUAUUGAUGAUAAGACUGAGGAUGUCGAUAGUACGAAUCAGGAGGUAGCGGAAGACAAAGAAAUAAAUGCGUUAAAACGAAAAGAACCAGUCACAGACGAAACUUCACCUAAGAGACAUUGCCAAGACAAUCAGUGAGUGUGAUAUUCAGUCUCAGUGUUAAAUUAUGUGAAUUAAACUUGAAAAAAUAUAUGAACUUUGUUUGAUCAAUUCCUUGCAAAUCUGUAUUUCAAUGGUGUGAUGAGAGUAGAAAUAUUUAUGAUUAAAUUAAUAACUUUGUCGUAAUGCAGCAUUGGAUUAGUAUUAAUAGAUUGAUUGAUAAAGAAAUUUUUUUCUUCGUCAUUUGGAAUAUUGAGUAUGAAAAGAAUUGCAUAAUAACUUUACAAUACUUACCUAACAAGUUUGGCUUUAACACAUUCCAGGCGACUGUGGAGCGAAUUCACUAAAUAUUUGAUUCGGCCGGAGCUGAAUACCAAAUAAAAUAUUAUACAUGUGAUUUAUUUUCUGAAAUAUAAGCAUUAAAAUGUUCAA